CCCGUCCCCCGGAGUCGCUGCAGUGCCCGCUGCCGGUCGGACCCGGCUGGCCCGGUCUACAGCCGCUAUUCGCACCCUCCGGGUUGAAGCGUGGCCGCUGCUGCCGUCGUGUGUUCGGCAAGGCCUCGCAAAUAGCCGGCGGACGGAAGCUUGGCAGACUUGUGAGUGCACAUAUAAUCUGAUCUUCAAUCAUAUCUUGGAGCUUCACUAAAGAUGGUUAAUGUCUUGAAAGGAGUUCUAAUUGAAUGUGACCCAGCCAUGAAGCAAUUCUUGCUGUACCUGGAUGAUACAAAUGCUUUGGGGAAAAAAUUCAUAAUACAAGACCUGGAUGAAACUCAUUUAUUUGUCUUGGCUGAGGUGGUCCACGUCUUACAAGAAAAAGUUGGAGACUUAAUGGAUCAGAAUUCAUUUCCACUCACGCAGAAGUAAAGUUGUGAUUAAAUGGCAGAGACCUAUCUUGAAAUACUUGAGAAAUGAAUCAAUACUUGAGAAAUGAAUCAAUACUUCAUUGAUCUGCUGGUACAAGGAGCCUGUAAAGACAGCUAUUUGGAAGUAUAAUAGAAUUUUGCCUCAGUAAAAUAAUUUUGAUUCAACUG